CUCCUGCCUUAGGGCUCGGCUUUAAGAUCCGGGCGAUGUCGUUUCGCGAAGAUCUUCGCAAAGUGAGGAAGAAGGCAUCGUUUUGCGUCACUCACUGGACACAGCAGAACGGCUCCAGCAACACCUCCUCGCACAGGAAGUCACAUCAAGAAGGAGGAAGCAUGAAGAAGACGAGGAGGCCAGUGCAGAGAAGGAUGACCUGUCCGAGUCCACAGGAGAUCAGCCGGGUGCUGCAAAGUCCCACCAUACCUACAAGUGCCCGUGCUGCCAGUCUGGAUGAGCUCAUCCAGCGCUGCUUGAACUGCUUCGACUCUGAUGGGAAGUUAAUCCGUGGCAUGCAACUGGUCAAUAUGACUCUGAUGAUGCACAACUGGGUUGUGCCAUCACACAAGUUCGCCCAUAAACUGCUCUCUCUCUACAAGGACUGUCCGGUGGAGAAAAGAGCCCAGAGACGACCUCAGAUUUGCCAGUUCAUCAGGCACUGGAUAGCUCACUAUCCUUUGAUGUUUGAGACCGACCCACUGUUGAAGAAGGUCAUGGGGGAUAUGUGUGCUCUGGUCAGGGCUGAAAAGGACUCCCACUGCCAACUAAUUGACACACCAUACCCUAAUCCUCCUGAGGACAUCUGCCUGGCUCCUUCACCCUCAGUAAAGAAGAGGAAGGUGUCUCUGCUGUUUGACCAUAUGGAAGCUGAUGAGAUGGCCGAGCACCUCAGUUACCUGGAAUUCAAAAACUUCUGCAGCGUUUCAUUCCUGGAUUACCGUAGCUACAUGAUGCACGGCUCAGUGAGAAAUAACCCGGCGCUGGAACGCUCUGUCAUGCUGUGUAACGGUGUCUCACAGUGGGUCCAGCUCAUGAUCCUCAACAGACACACUCCACAGCAGAGGGCUGAAGUCUUCACAAAAUUCAUUCAUGUAGCACAGAAACUGCGGUCCCUGCAGAAUUUCAACACUCUGAUGGCAGUCAUAGGCGGUCUGUGUCACAGCUCCAUCUCCCGUCUUAAAGACACAGCCAGUCUACUUUCCUCUGACAUCACAAAGGCGCUGAGUGAGCUCACAGAGUUGCUCUCCUCCUACAGUAACUACACUAACUACAGACGAGUGUACAACGAGUGCAGCAGCUUUAAAGUGCCUAUCCUAGGAGUGCACCUUAAAGACCUUAUCUCCCUGAAUGAGGCACUGCCUGACUACCUGGAGGGUGACAAGAUCAACCUGGGAAAGCUCCAGCACCUGUACAGCAACAUCAGCGAUCUUCUAGCCCUCCACAAGUGCAAGCCACCAUUCGAGGCCAACAAAGACCUACUGCACUUGCUCACGCUUUCCUUGGAUCUGUACUACACAGAGGAUGAGAUCUACGAGCUCUCCUAUGCCAAGGAACCCAAGAAUCCCAAAAUACAGCCUGUAACCCCUGUGAAGCCCCCUGUGGUAGUCGAAUGGGGGUCAGGUGUGACUCCACGCCUUGACCCCCACACAAUCUCCAAACACGUCAAACAAAUGGUGGAUUCGAUCAUGAAAAAUUAUGAUCUGAACAUGGAUGGCUACAUCUCUCUGGAGGACUUUGAGAAGAUAGCUGCUAAUUUUCCUUUCUCCUUCUGCACCCAUGACAGUGACAGGGAAGGAGAGAUUAGCAGAGAAGCAAUCACGUCCUAUUUCAUGCGAGGGAUGUCAGUAUGUGCUAAGCUGGGCUUCAACCUUCACAACCUUCACAACUUCCACGAGAUGACAUUCAAGAGGCCUACCUUCUGUGACACCUGCCGAGGAUUUUUAUGGGGGGUCAUAAAGCAAGGCUACCAUUGCAAAGAUUGUGGAGUUAACUGUCAUAAGCACUGUAAAGACCUGGUGUCGAUGGAGUGCAUGAAGUUCCAGGUUUCUGGAGGUUCAUGCCCCUGUACUCCAGGUCCAGGAUCUGGGCUAAGGGCAAAAGGAAACAGUUGGAGUUCAGAGGAAGAAGCAUUCGUGUUUCCUCAUGGAAAUGGAUCUGACAGCUCCAAGAGUCAUAACACACAACUGAGCAUUGUGGAGAAUGCGUCGUUGUCGGACCGCUCCACUCAGACAGACCCUGGAGUGUGGACACCAGUAGCAAACCGCAGAGAAUUGCACCAUUUUAAAACUUCCUCACCCACUGAAAAGAGUGCCACACUGCCAAUCAGAAUGAGAGGUUCAUCUGCACCCAGCUCUUUCCUUCAGGAGAAAAUGGAGGAGCUCCAGUUAAACAAAGACAAACGAAAGGAGCCAGACUGAACCACAGGGAAAUGUCCAAGGCAAAAAAAAAAAAGGAAAAAAAGACUGUCUACAUUUAGUAUUUGGAAUAGACUGUUUAAACACACUGAACACAUAUUUCAUUACAUGUAACAAAGAAAUGAACUGUGUAUACACCUUCUGCAGAUGCAUUAACCUCAAGAAAACUUGAACUGGAGCAUCGUGAGUUCAGCUACACUUUCAGAGCCAUGUUGGACAAGCACAGAUUUGAGAGAUAAUCACCAGCAUCCACUGCCAAUAGAAUAUAAAUGAAUAUAAAUGAAUCAUUUUUCAGAAAAAUCCAAAGGUGGAUUACCAGAGCACUGUUUUCACUACUACUGCCGGCAUCAAUGACAAAUUAAGGAUCUUUCCUAUGCACAUCUACACCACAGGAGAAAAAAAGGUGCUUACUGCCAUAGCUGUGUUCAUGUGCACCAAAAAAGUUUGACAUGUAACCUUUUGUGUUCACACUGACGCAUGUGUUUUGUACUGUGAAUUACAUCGAGAUGUGUGCAGGGUGUCUUGUGAGUCUCGUAUCAUAGGAAUGUAAAUCGCUCUGACUUGCCGAAAGGCCACAUCGACUGGUGCUGUACUCCUAGAACGCAUCACUGUGCCUUAUGCAAUGACCACUUUCACUCAGAGUAAGGAAGAAUGAUACCGAAGACCCCGAUUGAGCCGAUCGGAGGAUUCUGGAAUUGAACACUGUGGACUUAAUGUGUUUUUGAUGUUUGUUCGUUUCUUUAACAACAUUCCAUCGAAUGUUCCGACUUGAAUGUCAGUCUUACUAAAUCUCAAACUGUAGAUGUUUAUUUAUUGAGAUUUUAUUCAUAUGAAUCUACAGUAUUUUUCACCUUACAGCACUGCCAGGUUGCUGCCAUGUCUGGUUAAAAAAAAAAAAAAAAAAAAGGAAAGAAAAAGAAAAGAGACAUUUGUUUUAUUGUGUGCGGUCACAUUAAAAAUCCUGAACACAUGAUUUUGCUUCAUUCGGCUUUAUUUGAACAUCGAACCGGAUCAAGCAAUGGUCGUGUGUACAGGGUCGAUACUG